AUGUCUAGCAUUGAAAUUCAGAAUAUAGCUCGGGAGUUGAAAAGUAACUUGAAGCAAUUCCCUAACUUUCCAAGCGAGGGAAUCUUGUUUGAGGACUUUUUACCAAUUUUUCAAAAGCCCCAUCUAUUCAGCAUACUUGUGAGAGCUUUGAAAUUGUAUCUUGGAGAUAAGAAGGUAGAUUAUGUUGUGGGUUUGGAGAGCAGAGGGUUCCUAUUUGGUCCCACACUAGCCCUCGCAUUAGACGCAGGCUUUGUUCCCGUCAGAAAACAAGGAAAGUUACCAGGACCCGUGUAUAGCUGUGAAUUUAAGAAAGAAUACGGAGUAGACAAAUUCGAGAUGCAGCAGGAUGUGAUCCCGGAAGGUUCAAAGGUGGUUAUCGUAGACGAUAUUUUAGCAACAGGAGGUAGUGCACAUGCUGCUGGAGAGUUGGUAUCUAAAGCGAAGGCAGAGGUUAUUCAAUAUUUAUUCGUAAUGGAGCUUGAUUUCUUGAAAGGAAGAGAUAAUUUAAGUGCUCCAGUUUUUACACUCUUGAGUGGUCAAGAAAAGAAGCUCUCAGAGUAA